AAGGAUUCUUCUGGCCUGUGUGAGGAGGCGUUGAGACAAAUUCCAUGGCAGUUAGAAAGUAAACUGGCUGCCAAGAUGGGGAGGAAGGAACAAGCCAUGACCCUCUACAGCCCUGAGGUCUCCAAAGUAAAAGGGAACCGGAAAUACCAAAGGCCCACCCUUCCUACUGACAAACAAUUGAUGUCAGCCCGGAAGCGGCAGCAGUACGUGGAUCAGGCAUACACCUACACCCGGAUGUUCUGUGGCAGCCUCUCUGGCUUUAGCAUCCUGCUGCUCAUCAUCACGGCCCCGCUGAGCUGGGUGCAGUUCCUGGUGACCAACAGUGGCCUUGAGCUCUACGCAGGACUCUGGACCUUAUGCCACCAUGAGCUGUGUUGGAGCCACAUACCCAAGCCACCCUAUUACCUCGAAUGUUCCAGGGCCUUGUUCAUUAUCUCUGUCCUCUGCAUGCUUACUGGCCUUGGCUUGCUCUUUAGCUCUUGCUGCCCUGCAAAAGGAAUUGUGUCAGCUGAGUUGGAUCUGAAGGUGUCCAUCCUCAGCUUCUGCUCAGCUUUCUGCUUGUUCCUCUGCCUCAACCUGUUUCUGGCCCAGGUUGAAUGGUACACAAAGAGCGCCAUGGAGUCAGUGUUCCUGUGGGCCUAUUAUCUUAAUUGGUGCAGUGACGUCUUGCAUGUCUGUGCUGGGAUCGUCUCUUUUCUCAACUAUGUAACUUUCCGAUCUCAUCCUCCUGACCCAAGUGUCGGUAUGACCCCACGGCAGAAGUCCAGGCCGGGCUUCGGGCCAGUGCCAACAACAGCCCCCGCUGCCGCUGGGAAGUCAAGUCCUGAGAUGCAAUUUCUAAGUGGGAGAGGGGAGAGGCGACCAAGUACGAGAGGGGAGAGACAGCCAAGCACGAGAGGGGAGAGACGACCAAGCAGGAGAGGGGAGAGACAGCCAAGUACGAGAGGGGAGAGGCGACCAAGCAGGAGAGGGGAGAGGCGACCAAGCAGGAGAGGGGAGAGACAGCCAAGCAUGAGACUGUGAUAGAAAGAGGGAAGGCCAAAUCCUGCUGUCUUACACAUAGAGGUGGGCUAAGUGAGAAAUGAUUGUGCAAAUUCCAUGAAACCUUCUGAUAUCAUGUCCAUAGGAACAUUAAAGCUAGUGAAAUGUCUUUUGUGUGUGUUACGUCCAAAAUAUGCAAGACCAUCAUAAAAUAAUGAAGGGCUGAAGAAAUGGCUCAGCAGUUAACGGUGCUGGACGCACAAUCAUGGCCUUCAGAAUUUGAAUCCCAGCACCCACAAGGCUCCUCAAAGAAUAAGUGGAGAUGAGGAGAUGGAGGACAUCCAAU